GGAUGAUUCGCAUUUUCAGAUUUUUGGUGUUGUGUUUAUAAGUACCAUUCGGUUUUUAUUAAUUAUCGGAUCGGGUUCGGUUCGGUUCCUUCCGGGUUCAGUUCGGAUCGAAUUUAACCAAUGUUUAAAAUCGAACAAAAAUAUAUUUUAAAGAACCUCAAAAAUUGACCAAAAAAAUUUCAAAAUAUAUAAAUUAUUUACAAAUCUAAUUAAAAUUAGUUAAACUAUCUAAAUUAACUAAAAAGUAUUCAAAAUAACAAAUAAAACAAACUACAAAAAUAUUUUGAAUACUCUAAAAUAUCAAUAUCACCUUAAUAUAUAUAAAAACAUUAACAUAUUUAACUAAUUUCGGAUAUCUUUGGAUCCUAAUUCGAAUUUCGGUUCGGUUCGGGUUAUAACCAAAGUCCAAAGUAGUAAUCUCAUGAGUCCCAUUCGGAUAUUUUUGUAAAACAGUCCGGAUUCGGUUUCGGUUUUUCCGGUUCGGGUUAAGGUCGGUACUUCGGGUUGAGUUAAAAACGCUCAGGCCUAGUACUCAGUCUACUUUUAUCGAGUUACUAGAAUUAGUUGGAUUGAGUUAGUUUGUAAGACCAUCUUUAUCGGUGGUUUCCAACAAGGGUUUUAGAGAAAAAGUUAGUGGCGGGCCCCACAUAUCACCAUAAAACCGAUCCAAAAGUGAUCUAAUAAGGAUCAACUAUUGUUGGUUUCAAGCCCUGUUCGAAAACGCUGCCGCCUAGCCGCGUAAUCGGCCGCGUAAUCGCUAAACGUAGGUUCACCGUGGCGAGUUGACCCAAUACAGUUGCAUUCUACGUUCGGCCGAGUUAUGCCCGCCUAGUCCGUAGUUUAACAUUAUGCGGACGUGGAAUAGGUAAUACGUUUGGGCUAAAAAAAUUACCAUAUUAUUUUUUUUUACACAAUUUGGCCCACUAAAAAACCCAUUAGUUAAAAAAAAAAAAUUUAAAACCAUUAUCUACCUUUCCCGACAAUAGAAUUGGGGAUUUCUGUUAACCCUAGUAUCAAGUGUUCUUCCUCAACCUAGUGAAUCCAAGGCAGUUCGCCGUGAAUCAAGAUCAUCCACCUGUUGCAAGUUCUUCUUGUACUGGAUUCAAUCUUAAAAAAGAAUGGAGAAUCCAGCAACAGAUACACCUCCUCCACCUCUGAAACGAAACUCAAAUGAUGUAGGUUGGGAGUAUGGUCAGCUAUGUGAUCCACGAGUUCCAGACAAAGUGAGAUGUAGAUUAUGUGGCAAAGACUUUUAUGGUGGCGUCUACAGAAUGAAAGAGCACAUUGGUCACUUGAAGGGUAAUGUUUCAGCAUGUCCCAGGUCAUCAAAGGAAGAUCAAGAGAAGUGUAAGAAUGCAAUAAUGGAAGCAAAGGAGAAGAAAAAUAAGAAGAGGAAGCAUGAGGAAGCUAUAAGGGCAGAGGUUAGCAUAAACAAGAAUAGCAAUGUUGAGGAACUAGAAAAAGAGCUUGGAACUCUUAAAGCUCCUCACUUCCAAGGUCCUCUUGAUCAGUUUGCAACUGUGAUCAACCCUGAAGCUUCUUUGGCUUCUCAGAUACGUCAACAGAACAUCCAUGAUGUUAUAUCAAAAGAGAAGACACAUGUUGUACAUCAAUAUUAUGCUCGAUGGAUUUAUCAGUCAAAUAUUCCAUUCAAUGCGAUUGACAAUGAGUCCUUUAGGCUGUUCUGUGAGGCUUUAUGACAGUUUGGGCCAGGGUGGAUACCUCCUACUCAGUAUCAGUUGAGAGAACCAUUGCUGAAUGAAGAGAAACAGAGAACAAAAGAGAAGUUGAAGGCAUUAGAAGAAAAAUGGGACAGAGAAGGUUGCUCGGUGAUGACAGAUUCAUGGACUGAUAUGAAGAGAAGGAGCAUCAUGAAUUUGUGUGCUAACUCAAGAGGAGGCACUUGUUUUCUGUCAUCAAAGGAUUCUUCCAAAGAUUCUCACACAGGCGAGUAUAUCUUCAACUACAUUGAUAAGUGUAUAGAAGAUUUAGGGGCUGAGAUGGUUGUGCAAGUGGUCACGGAUAAUGCAACCAAUAAUGUAGCUGCUGCGAAGUUGCUUAAAGAGAAGAGGCCAAGAGUCUUUUGGACUGGAUGUGCUGCUCACACUAUGGAUUUGAUGCUUGAAGGGAUUUCUAAGUUGCCCGGGUUUGCUAAGGUGAUUGAACAAGCAAAGGCUCUCACCAUAUUUGUUUAUGCUCAUCAUACAACAUUGUCAAUGAUGAGAACAUAUACAAAGAGGGAUAUUGUGAGGCCAGGAGCAACAAGAUUUGCAACAUGUUUCCUCACGCUACAAAGUCUUUAUGAGAAGAAGGGGCAACUGAAGAGCAUGUUCAACAGUGAUCAGUGGCAUGAUUGUAAGCAUUCCAAGUCUGUGAAGGGUAAGACUGCAUCUGAUACUGUGAUGAGUUAUGCAUUUUGGAGUAGUGUCAUGGUUAUUUUGAAAGUAUUCACCCCUAUGGUGAAGGUUCUUCGGUUGGCUGAUGGAGAGAAGAUACCAUCUCUUGGGUUUGUUUAUGGUGAGCUUUUGGAAGCUAAGAAGUCUAUUAAAGAAGCUAGUGACCAUUUGGAGAAGAACUAUCAACCUAUAUUCAGGAUCAUUGAUGAAAAAAUGAAAGGAAGGUUGGAUUCUCCUUUGCAUAUGGCUGCUUACUUCCUCAACCCUUAUUAUUUCUACAAAGACCCUACUAUCCAGUAUGACAUAGAGGUUUCAGAAGGAUUCAUCAAGUGUGUGGAAACUUUCUAUCAUGGAGAAUUUGAGGAACAAGACUUGGUUGUUAAUCAUGAGAUUAGUCUUUAGAAGAAUAAAAGUGGUCCUUUUGGUAGACUGUUAGCUCUAAAAGGAUGUGAAAAGAAGGAUGAAAAGUUUGAUCCAGGGAAUUGGUGGGCAACAUACGGAUGUGCUGUGCCAACCUUGCAGAAACUGGUUACUAGAAUCCUUGCUUUGACCUCUAGUUCUUCUGGCUGUGAAAGAAAUUGGAGCAGUUUCGAAGGGAUCCACACUAAGAAGAGAAACAGAUUAGAUGUAAACCACCUCAACAGUCUAGUCUAUGUCCAGUUUAAUGCAAGGCUUUUUGAUAAGCAGAAAAAGAUUAGAGAAGGCAAUGUUGAUGUGAUCCUAGAUGAUGGUAAUGAAGAUACUGUCGGAGAUUGGCUUGUGGGCUGUGUCGAAGAGUUGGAUAAUGAUGUCAGUUUUGUGCUUACUACCCAAGCUCCAAGGAUAAGAGAACUCUAUGAUGAUGACUUUGAAUCUGAAGAAGAAGACAUGAGGGAGAUGGAGUUCGAACCAGAUGUAUACCAAGAGGAUCCAGUCUUUCGUGACUCACAAAUAGCUUAGUAAACUAAGGUUUCCAAAUGCAAAGUUCUAACUUUUAGCACAUCUACAAGACCACUACAAGAUCAAAAUUAUAUAUUUUGCUAAUCUUUCAAGAAGAAUAGGAUUAGAAGAUACAAUCCUUAAUAUGUUUUGUUUCUUCUCAUGAUCAAAACUAUAUUUUUUGGUGAUUCUUGUGAGUGGGUUAUUUUUUUCUUGUAUUAGAUGGGUGCUUUAAAAAAUAACAAUUAUGAUAUAUAAUCUAACUUGGUAUUUAAUG